AUGUCGGACUCUUUCUUCAUAGUGGCCGUAGACUUCGGUACCUCCUACAGCGGGUACUGUUUCUGCGUGCAGUCCAAUUUGGACGAUGUCAGGAUGGUCUACUGGGGACACGAGGUGGGACUGAAGACCUCGAAAACCCCCACUUGUGUGCUGCUCGACGAACACGGAGAGUUCCUCAAGUUCGGCUAUGAAGCUGUUAUGACCUACACCAGAAUGGGCAGAGGUGAAUCGGCGAGGAAACUCUAUUUUAAUAAUUUCAAAAUGCAGCUUUACAACAAGGAGAUCAGCAGGGACUUGAUGGUAACGGCAGCGAACGGGAGGCCUUUUAGAGCCAUGAAGGUCUUCUCUGAGAGUCUGAGAUAUCUGAAGGAUCAUGCUCUGAGCACAAUUGGAGAGCACACAAGUGGGAAGGAGUUCAUCGCCUCGGAUGUUACCUGGGUGCUCACUGUUCCUGCAAUCUGGACAGCAGCGGCCAAGCAGUUCAUGAGGGAAGCAGCUGUGCAGGCUGGCCUGGUGUCAGACUUCCACUCCAACCAGCUGAUUGUGGCCCUGGAGCCGGAGGCAGCGUCAGUGUGGUGUAAGCACCUUCCCAGCGAGGGCUUUGUGGCAGAGGGAGCUUCUCAGGACAACCGGCUGGAACAGAGUCCUGGGACUCAGUAUGUGGUGGUGGACUGUGGGGGUGGGACGAUUGACAUCACAGUCCAUGAGGUCCUGGAAAGCGGCUCACUGAAGGAACUGCUGAAGGCUUCAGGAGGAGACAUGGGGGGGGAGACUGUCACUAAGAAGUACUUAAGUUUCUUAAGAGACCUUUUCACUCCUGAAACAUGGGAUCAGUAUGAGAAGGAGAAUCCCAGUGAAGUGCAGAAGAUGAUUUAUGACUUUACUGUUCAAAAGUGCGUUGGAGAGGACGGGGACAUAUUCAUCCAAUGCCCUUAUAACUUAGCCAUGUUAGCUGGGAGCAAACAAGACAUGUCGAGAUACUUUCAGGGUGUUCAGGGGGUUUUCUGGUUAGAUGGGACGUUCAAAGUCACUUACAGCAAACUGAGGUCUUUUUUUGAGGAAAGUGUUCAGAAGGUGACAAUACUAAUUCAGAACAUUACUUCAAACCCAGAGAUCAACGUAGAAUUCAUACUCCUGGUAGGAGGUUACGCCUCCUGUAAGAUCCUGCAGAAGAAAAUCCGUGAGCACUUCAGCUCCAGGUGCAAAGUGCUGUGCCCUGUAGAUGCCCAGUUGGCCAUUGUCAAGGGUGCUGUGCUGUUUGGAAAUGACCCCAAGAUCAUGGCGUCACGAGUCAGUGCUCUCACUUAUGGUAUCGAUAUAGCUCGUUCAUUUGAUGAAUCCAAGCACAAGAAAGAGAAGCGCAGAGUGAAUAAAAAAGGGGACUAUGUGUACUGUGAGGACAUCUUUCUGACAAUGGUACAGAACGGGCAGUCAGUGAACUGUGAUGAAGUGUCACACUAUGACUACUAUCCAAUUGAUGAUGAUCAGACAGCAAUGAGAUUUAGGUUCUACAGCACUGAGAGGUUAAAUCCCAUGUAUGUAGAUGAGUGCGGUGUGAAGAAAAUUGGCUCAUUCGUCGUUCCAAUGCCAGACACCACUCAGGGAAGACAGCGCAGAGUCAGGGUUGACAUCAAGUUUGGUUCAACUGAGAUUCAAGCUGCAGCCACAGACCUCACAUCUAACGAGACUCGGUCUAUCAGGCUGGACUUCCUGACAAAAUGAAAUGGCGUUUGUGUUCAAAAGCCAGUCAAAAGUGUGAGUACAACCUGAGAAAC